AAACCCAUCUCCAGAAUACAAGACCUGGACCGGAAGUAGAAUUGUUUGAAGGCGGGAUCAGGAAGUUGAGUUUUGAACCCUUGCUAACUAGAGUAGCUACAGCUCGGUGAUUUCAGCAGGUUGAACUUUCACUGGCUCGGAAACGCACCGACUCCAGCAAUGUCAUCAACAUCACAGAAACACAAGGAAUUUGUGGCUGAGCCUAUGGGCGAGAAGCCGGUGAUGACGCUCGCUGGAAUCGGAGAAGUGCUUGGAAAGAGACUGGAAGAAAAAGGCUUUGAUAAAGCGUAUGUUGUUCUCGGCCAGUUCCUGGUGCUGAAGAAAGACGAAGAGCUGUUUCGCGAGUGGUUAAAGGAUACCUGUGGGGCGAACUCCAAACAGCAAGGCGACUGUUAUAGCUGCCUCCGGGAAUGGUGUGACUCCUUCCUGUAAUUAGGGGUGGGUUUUUUUUGUUGUUGUUGUUGUUGUUUUGUUUUUAUUUCCUUUUUUUUCUUCUUUUUUUUUUAAACUUUGUGCCCCUUUACAAAGGUCAUCAGUAGUCAGCAGAACGCCUUUUAGCACUAUACUGCGAGUAGGAUUUUCACACAGGCAUGAGGAUCAUAUUGCCUUAUGUGUUUUUUAAUGUAUAUGAGCAACACAGAUUAUUUUUGCCAACAUUUUAUUGUUUUAUAAAGUCUAAUCACCAAACACAGAAGCUGUUAGUCAAAUGCUAAAGGCAAACAUGUAGCCGUUUCAAUUUCAGUACUCCCGGUGCUGACUGUAUUGUGCAUGUCAAAGCUGCGCUCUCUCCAUCGGUUUCUUUACGGAACAGGACGCAUCAUUUUAUGACCUCAUACUGACCUGAUGUUGAAGUUCCUUUUUCAUUUCUACAUGUUUUAAUUAAAAAUGCUACCUUUGUAUCUCCUCAUUAACAUGCUGGAGAAAAUAAACGUGGUUCAUCUGAACAACUCGUGCAUUUUUUUAUGUCCCAGUGCUCUUUCAUUCAAACAGAAAUGCCUUAAUAAAGAAGGAAGUCGAUCAGUAUGGGUCUUCUCAGACAGGUUUCAAAGUGGUUUACUCUUUACUCAAAUGUUUUACUUCUGAAAACACUGACAAGCGUUUACUGUGAAAGAGAGAAAUGGAAGGAAUAUCUUUUUUUUUUUUUUUCCAUCUCCUGUAAUGCAUUUCUCUUUUAAAUAAAAUUAUACCACGAA